AUGUCAAUCGAAAACCUCACCAUCGACGACACCGAGUCCACCCAGGUCGACAUCCAAUCCCGACCUGAACGAAAGGCAAGGAAGGCCUUGGAAGGUCUCGGUUUGAAGAGAGUACAAGGUAUUCAACGAGUCACCCUUCGAAGACCCAAGGGAGUUUUGAUGGUGGUCGCUCAACCUGAGGUGUACAAGGCACCUGGAUCAGAUUGUUACAUAGUAUUCGGAGAGGCCAAGUUGGAGGAUCCAACAUCGGCGGCACAAUUGCAAGCUCAAGCUCAAUUGGCGGCCAGCAGUCAAGCUGCGCAGAAGGCGCACGCGCAAGGGGGUUUCAAGGAGGGGGUACCGAAGAGUUUGGAGGAUUUGAUGGGGGGUGAUGAAGCACCAGCCCUCGAGGACACCGACAAACCUUCCACCACCACCACUGCUCCUACCACCGGUGAAGAUGGCGAUGUCAAGAUCUCCGACGAAGAUGUAAACCUCGUUGUAGCCCAAACUGGAUGUACAGAGGAGAAAGCAAAGGAAGCUUUGAAAGCUGAGAAAGGGGAUUUGAUUAAUGCUAUCAUGAGACUCGGAUAA